AUGAAGUUGCAUCUUUGCAAGAACCUACUUCGACAACUGCUUCACUCUACCGUGAUUAUCCUCCUCGUCUUCAUUGUGAUUCAACGUCGACCCUGGAAACAGGCGCGUAAACGAGUCCGAACCCACGGAAUUUGGUCGCCGCCAUCCCUUUUCUUUCCCUCCUCCGGUGGCGGCGGAGGUAGUAGUUCCGGUGGUGGACAUUCUAGGGCUCCCGUGCUCUCCACGGAUCCUGGCAUUCUCCUUCAACAAGGCCACAAGCCCGCUUCCAAAACCACCGCCUCACAGCUCGAAGAUCUGCUUCAUCUUGGUAGCAAACGAGCUCGAUAUUCACCCUCAACAACCGUAGGUUUUACUAAUUUUCAAGAGUCCCUAAUCCACCACAACCCUCUCCCUCCUACAUUUAUUUACUUUAUCACAGUGUUUGCAAAAAACUUUUGA